AGCUACAGCUGGCAAAAGAGUAGAGGAACAUAAUUAUUCCAUAAUUAUAGGAACACAAUAGUUCUUUUAAACUGAAAGUGGAAUAGGGGAAUUAGUGCUUCUGACUGAAUGAAAACCUCAGUUCUGAGAGGCAACAGGCGGUGGCCAAACCACAGAGGUGUGCUGGCCAGUCAGGCAGUGCCUGUGCUGCUCUGAAGCAGUGCAGCACUAUCCCAGCUAUCCCCUAUCACUUUCCCAGCUGUGCAGGUGUAGGAUACAAGUGGAAGCUGGGGCAAGAUGUGGCGGGAGCAGGCUGAGGUGAUUAGAAGGCAUUGGGUGCUGUGGGAGGAUGGAUUGUAGGAGAAUAGAGAUAGUGCUGAAGGCAAUCUCACCCCUGAGGAGCUGCAGCUGUCCUGAUUACCAAAGAGUAGGAACAGCCCUGCCCUUCAUAGGCCACAGCUUUGUCCAGUAAGGAUGGGUGUUAAAAAAGAGUGGGUUAGCUGGUUGAGGGGAGAGUUGGAGGUUGUUGGGUGUGCUGUGAGGAGGAAGGGUCAGGCAGUUGUGCAAGGGACAAGGAAGGGUUAGUAUGUGCUGUGAGGGACAGUAAGCAUUAGGUGGUUGUGCAAGGGACAGGAAGGAGUCAGUGUUGCAAGAAGCUGCCUGUGGGAAUUCACAGGGAGAAGGUAUGAAAGUUUUACAGUAAGAUAACAAACUGGUGCUAAGCACUGACACCAACAAUUGGUGCCCCAUACGGGGAUGAGUCCUGACAGGGUGCAAAUCCAUGGUUCUUCAAGCUUCACUAGUUCUACUGCUCAUGAAAGAAUUAUUGGAUGCCUUUGGAUGUUAUGCUCUACAUACAAAGAUGAAAUAAUUUAAUAACAUGGAGGUAUACACAGAAGUUUUACGUAUUUCUAGGCAGACAAAACAAUCCUUUUUUUCACUCACCUCAUGUCGUCUUUGUCAAAAUAAAAUGAAGAGCAAAAUUGAAGAAGUUUAUCUUCCUGAUUUCUCUUUGAUGAUAAAAAUAAACACUUGUUCUGGAGUGUUUUUAUUACAAUGAUGAAGGUUUCAUUUCACCUUGUAUUUCAGCUACCUUAGUGGAAGUUGUCCAGUUAAGAAGAAAGAGACGAAUGGAAAGUGCUAAAGAAAGGCUGUCUGCAGCUCCCUAGUGAAAUGCCAAUCCUCAUAGUUACAGUUCUAGUAUUCCCUUUCUUAUCCCAAGUGGCAUUUGCUGCAGAUAAGAUUGUAAGGGAGUUUGGCUCAGCCUGGCAAGCUGAAGGAUGGGUUACACUAACAUGUGGCUUGCAAACAAGGAAAGGCAUCAAAUGUAUGAAAUUGGAUUUCUGUGGGUUUGCUGACAGCUCACACCUGGUUGCGGUAAUAAACUCUGCUCUUGGUAUCUUUACCUGUCAAAGACUGACUCAGAGGAAGGAGAAUGCCUUUGGGAAGCUUGGUUGGAUUUCAGCAGUCAAGCUGUAGACUAGGAAGAUUAAUGACAGAGAAAUAAUACAGAGUCACAGGGCACAAGGAUUUUAAAGAAUAGCCUUAAAAUAGGGUGACAGCAUAGCUCAGGUUGAAGGCACCUCUGGAAAAGGUCUGGGCUAGCCCUCUGCUCAAUCAGGGACAGCUAGAGCCAGUUGCCCAGGGUCAUGUUCAGUUGAGUUUUGAGUAUCUCCAAGGAUAGAGACUCCACAAACUCUCUGAGCAACAUGUGCCACUGUGUGAUCACCCACACAGUCAGGAAACCUAAACAAAAACAACAACAACAAAAAAUCAGGAAAAAUGUUGGCUAUAUUUCAUUAACCGGAGAUCCUGGUCCAGUCCUAGUCCAUCAAAAUCACUACUUUCCUACUUUCCUGGCUGCUGACCAAAUAGAAAUAUACUGUAGAGACAGGAGCUUGUAGUCUUGAAUGCUCAGGGCACAAGUUGUAAGUUAUUGCAGAUUGAAGCCGCACUGUGUCCCAGGCUAGGAUCUUGAAAUGAGAACUUGCUCUAUAUUUACUAAAAAUGUCAUUGUGCCUGGAAAAAAAAUGGACAGGAUAAGAGGAUAGCAGGAAAGGCUGAGGGGAGUAUGUUGUGGAUAGGGUGACAGCACAGGUGAAAAGGCUAGCAGGAGUAAAUGUUGCCCAUAGAGUCCAUUAGCCCAUGCCAGAAGACUUGAAGGUCCAAGCCAUGUUGCUGUAUUGCAGUGUUGGGCACUGCUGCAGUGUCUUCCUCUCUUGCCAGUGCUCUCCUAUUAGAGGAGCAUCUCAAGCACAGAUGGCUCAGGAAAAUGUCCUGGGCUGGCCUCAGGAAUGCUCUGUAUCCUUUAACUGGUAACUUUGAACACAGAAGAUUGUAGCGCUUUAUGUGUAUUUCUUUUAAGACCACACAGCUCCAUGCUGGACAGCACUGAAACAGUUUAAUUUUCUGUUGCCUGUCUUCAAAAAUUUUCUUGGGUGAUUGUGCUAUCAGUCCUUUAUUUCUCACUUUCAUAGCACAGUAGUCAUUUAAAGCAGAGGAUGCAAAUAUAUAGACCAAAGAAUAAAGUGAUGAGAAAUCUGAAUAUGUGCAGGCUAACUAAGAGAUAAAUCUAGCCCUGGAAAUAAGGACAGGUGGCCUGAGUAGAAGAAAAAAACUUAGGUGAAAAUUUGAAGAUAACAGUGAUGCCUUUUAUAAAGAAGCUAUUGCUGUAUCGUUUGAAAUCAGCAGAGAAUCAGUCAGAGGAGAGAAGGCAGAUGAUAAAUGAUUCAUUUUCUUUCCUCCUCCUUGAGAUUCCUUUCUUUGCCAGCUUGAGUUAACAGAUGUCUUAAAGAUAAUGAAUUCACAGGAAAGAAAUGCAAGACAAUGGGCAGCCAAGACAGUAUUCUGAUAGUCUAAAUAUUUUGUUCUUCAUGUAUUAUCAGCAAUUGAAUCUCAAAAUCUAGAAAAGCUCUUGUAUUAAGGAAGGGCUUUGCUCACAAACACUUUGGUUCAAUGAGGCUUUCGAUGAGAAAUGGUUCUGUGUUUGAACUAUGAUCUCUUUUGUUCAUUGUGAUCCAGCCUUUGGUUACAGGCAAGUCAGCUGGGCCUGGGGAAACAUGAAGACUGAAUUUCUGUUGUGCUAUACAUCAAAUAAAGUCUUUUUGUAGAACUUUGUGAUCUUUGGUGAGAAUGAAUUCAAAGGACACAUCUUUAAUGGUAUGAAAUCUUUCAAGCUUAGUUCAGUGCAGUCUGUUUUCAGCUUUGGUAGGGGACCAUUUCUCUGUAGUCAUUAUUCACCAGGUGGGAUUCUUGCAUUAAUAUGCUAAUCCCUCUAGGGAUGGGAAAGUACCACCCCCCAGGUUUGUGUUGAAGAUGCCAAAGCAUACUUUAAGAAUACUGAGACUUGUUACAACGAAUAUUUUGCAACCAAAACAAACAUGACAGUGUAUUUUUUUGGGGUUUCUAUAUUGAAAACACGUUGCAUUUAAAGUACCAGAAGCAGAAUAAGAUGUGAAGUAAUUACUCUGACUCAAAAGGGAUUAUUCUUUAUUAUUCUUUAAGAGAAAGGCUAGAUACGUUGGUGAAUAUCUUGUCAUUUAUGUGUAUCUCUGUGCUAACUGAAGUGCAAACUGAAGGACUGAGGGCUCUCAAGUGGCUGCCAAUAGUGAGCACUGUGAAAGUACCAAGGGGCCGUGUUUGCAGAGUCACUCCUUGCUUGUCUGCAAGCACAUGUGUUGCCAUGAAGUGCUAAGUUCUGUACUGCUGUGCUGGUCUGCAGUUAGAUGGACCCUCUGUCUUCCUCCGUUUCCACACACAAAUUUGGCUUUGUUCACUAAGCUGUGUGGAGUUCAGAGGUCUUUUACAUGCAUACAUAUCCAUUGCAAAUUGAUUUACAAGAACAUGUUUACACUCAGAGUGAAGGCCAAAUGGUCAUCAGAUUUGCUGUCAUUCCAGCUCGGGGUUAAACUUCAUCUGUUGGAAAAGGAUAUAAAACAGUGCUGUGUUUGCUUUAGCCUGUUGCUACAGAGUCAUCGUCCUACCUUAGUGCACUCUUUUUAAAGUAUAAAUGCUUUCUUUGUCUUUACAAAAAGUUGUUUAAAUUGCAGUUUUAGUGCAGGCUUCAUCUCUCUUACUGGGUUGUAAGAUACUGAACAUCUGUGAAACCACAGAAUGACAAAACUGGGAGAGAGAAGCAGAAGAAGGAGAUGUCAGGUGGCUUUCAGUUACAUGCCUCAAAAUGAAGAUGAAUUGGAAUUAAAAGUUGGCGACAUCAUUGAAGUUGUGGGAGAGGUGGAAGAAGGCUGGUGGGAAGGUAUACUCAAUGGAAAGACUGGCAUGUUUCCUUCCAACUUCAUAAAGGAACUCUCUGAUUCUGAUGAUGUUGGAAUAGCACAGGAGGAGCAAAUAAAGUCAAGAAAAUCUGCCUUUGAAGGGACAAUUCUGUACAGAGUGGCACCGGCAAAGAUUGACAGCUACAGACGUUAUAACAGCCUAAAAGAUGCUACAGGCUCUGAGAGUGAUGGUGGUGACUCUUGCAGUACAAAAUCAGAAGGAGCCAAUGGAGGCACGACAAUCCAACCCAAAAAGGUCAAAGGUGUUGGCUUUGGAGAUAUCUUCAAAGACAAACCCAUAAAGCUACGACCAAGGUCAAUAGAAGUUGAAAACGACUUCCUCCCAGUAGAUAAGAGUGUUGGGAAGAAAUUACCUCCAGCCACAGCAACUCAGGAGCCAACAAAAGUAGAAGUGGACAGCAGAACAAAAAACAAGGAGUAUUGCAAAGUGAUAUUUCCCUACGAAGCACAGAACGAUGAUGAACUCACAAUCCGGGAAGGUGAUGUUGUCACGCUUAUCAGUAAGGAUUGCAUUGAUGUGGGAUGGUGGGAAGGAGAACUCAAUGGCAGACGAGGUGUCUUUCCAGAUAACUUUGUCAAGCUACUCCCUUCAGAUUUUGAAAAAGAGAGACCGAAGAAACCACCGCCUCCAUCAGCUCCUGUCAUCAAACAAGGAUCAGGGACCACAGAUCGAAAGCAUGAAAUCAAGAAGAUACCACCUGAAAGGCCAGAAUGUCUUCCUAAUCGAACAGAAGAAAAAGAAAGAUCAGAGAGAGAGCAAAAACAGCUAGACUUGCAGAAGCCUUCAGUUCCUGCUAUACCUCCGAAGAAACCUCGGCCCCCCAAAGCCAAUGCUGUGAACAGACCUGGCACCUUGCCCCCGAGACGACCAGAAAGACCAGUUGUGCCUGUGACUCAUGCAAGGAGUGAUAGUCCAAAAGUGGAAUUAGUGGGCAGUACAGUAUCCGGCACUCUAGAGAAAGACUCCUCUGAAAGAAGCAAUGACAUCGACUUGGAAGGUUUUGAUUCUGUAAUACCAAUUGCUGAGAAGCUUAAUCAUCCAACUACAACCAGACCAAAAGCUACUGGCAGGCGACCACCCUCCCAGUCUCUCACAUCUUCAUCCCUUUCAAGCCCUGAUUUCUUUGACUCACCAAGUCCUGAAGAUGAGAAAGAAGAACAUGUUUCCAUUACUCACAAAACUCUUGAAGUGUCAAGGAAACCAAGAACUGUUACAAUAUCACAAGUGUCUGAUAACAAAACUUCCUUGCCUCCAAAACCAGGAGGUCUGGCUAGUGGCAGUAAUGUACAACCAUCACUAUCCCCUUCACCAUCACCUGGAUUUCACUCAAUUGCUAUGGGAACAACAGGCCACAGGUCAAAUUCCCCAUCCCUGUUUGGUACUGAAGGAAAGCCAAAGACUGAGCACUUGAGCCAAGGUCAGACUGCCCUGGAAGAGCUGAGAACACAAAUUAGGGAGCUAAGAACCAUCAUUGAAACCAUGAAAGACCAGCAAAAAAAAGAGAUUAAACAGUUGCUCUCUGAGUUGGAUGAAGAGAAGAAGAUCCGUCUACGAUUGCAGAUGGAAGUUAAUGACAUAAAGAAAGCUCUUCAAUCAAAGUGAAUACUUGAUAGGUGGAAUGUUGCAUUAUUCUUCAUGACUGAGACUCAAAUUUAUGCCCCAGCCAAAAUAACUUUGUGCCAAAUGAUUUAAGAAUUGCCUCAACAUCCCUUUAUUUGAAGGAUUAGCACAACAGUUUUUGAUAGCACAACAAAAAUACCAACGAGAACAAAAUUUCUACCCAAAGCCGUGCUGUGCGGCACUAGUUGUGACUGAAAUUGAUCUUCUUGUGCUAAAGGCUCUCUACUUCAAGAUCCUAGGUGAAAUGAAAACUCAGGCAGUUUAGUCCAUAGUGGUACUAUUUUGAUGAUAUUUUUCCAUAAAUAAAGUGUAUUUCAGAUUAUCUGUUUACAAGCUUUAUGAUUUUGACUUUUGGUUUUUAAUUGUCUUUUGUCACAGAUUUUAAGAUGUUUGUACUUCAUAUAGCCAGGAAUGAAUGUUAAUGUUGGGGCUGAAGGGAUUAUUUUUGCUUCAAGAUUGAACAGCCUACUUUUUGUUACGGUUUUAAGUUCUGUUAAAUAUGCAAUUUUUUGUCCCCGGAUCCCCUACAACUUAAACUUACAUUGUGUACAGUAAUGUAUUUACAAGAAGGAAACAAACCAACAGAAGUCUGGUAUUUGCAAUGAUUUGUGCCUUUCUUUGCCACACACUGACUGGAGCCGGUUGAGGCCAGGUCUCCCCAUGUAGCUACCACGACGACUCCUGUCCCCAGCGUCCGGCAGAGGUCACCUUCCCAGUGCUCAGCUGCUCGGUCAGGAGAGCGCGUUUGUGCCAGCUGGCAGGACAAAAGGGCACAGCUGAGAGCAGCUUUGUCUGGAGUGGCUGUGGCUUUUUAGCUUUCCUGGUUUGGAUAGGCCUCUCCCUCAACCUGAAUGUUCAUCUCCGCUUGAUUUUCAUUAGAUGAUUUAAACACCCACCUCUGUCCCCAAUUUUGCACAGAGUGAACAGAAUAUGCAUUAUUAAAGCAAAAAUAAAUAAAAAGUAAUCUAUAAAACAUGAAUAAAAAGUUGUAUUAUUUCAUGCACAA